UCUCUAAUCAUAACCAUAAAAAGUAAAAUGAAGUAAACAAAACGAUUCACUAAAAAAAUCAAUCAAUUUCAAUCUGGGUUGGUGCUAUUAUUGAAUGUUUUUGCAUAGGUGACAUUCAAUGGAGACCAAUCAAUUUCCAAAAAGUAGGCUGUUUCCAGACUUAAUCGAUAUCAGCCCUGAACGAAACGGAAAAAUUUGUAAGAAAAUAAUAAAAGAAGGCGAAGGAAAUGGAAGACCCACAUGGGGAUGUGAAGUUGAAAUAUUCAUUAGGAAUGUAUCAUCUACCUCUUCUGAUGAGGAUGGAAAAGUUACUAAGUUUAAUUUAGGAAAAGGUAAAAUAAUUAAAGCAUGUGAAAUUGGAAUCUCAACAAUGAAGAAGGGUGAAAAAGCUAUAUUGAUAUGUGAAGACCAACCUACAAAUGAUAAUUCUUCAGCUACAACCACAUCAUCAGAAUUCCAGGUGGAGCUGAUCAAUUGGCAGCAUGAAGAUAUUAGUCCCAAAAAAGAUGGUGGCAUUAGAAGAAAUAUAUUAUCACCAGGAGAAGGUAGUGAAACACCUAACGAUGGAGCAGAAGUUGAAAUAAGCUUAAUUGGUAAAUUCCAAGAUAAAGUAUUUGAUCAAAGAAGUAAUGUAUCCUACUGCAUAGGAGAAGGAAUGGAAUAUGAUAUUAUAAAGGGAAUUGAUUUGGCAUUAUUAAAAUUUAAGAAAGGAGAAACAUCAAAACUCUUUAUAAAACCUCAAUAUGCAUUUGGUAAAGAAGGAUCUGAGAAACACCAAAUUCCACCUGAUUCUGAAAUACAAUAUGAAAUUACAUUACUACGUUUCAAUAGAGUCAAAGAUAUUUGGUUGAUGAAUGAUGAUGAAAAAAUUAAGGAAGCUAAAUUACUGAAGAUAAGAGGCAAUGUUUAUUUCCAGUUAGGGAAGAUACCAGUAGCUAUUAAGAUGUACAAUAGGGUGGUACAAAUGUUGAAGUUAUUUGAGGAUGGAAGAUAUAUAAUGGAAGGAGAUCCUGAAUCUGAAUCUACAUUCUUCAGUGCUCAUAUGAACUUAUGUUUAUGUUAUCUUAAAAGUGAAAAGUAUUCCGAAGCCAAACAUUCUGCAAAUGUUGCAUUGAAGUUACGUCCUGAUGAUGAAAAAGCUCAUUUUAGAGCAGGUAAAGUUUAUUUUGCCCUAGGGGAAUACUUCUCAGCUCUUAAUGAAUUCAAGGAAUGUUUAAGAAUAAACCCAAAUAACAACGCAGCUAAGACUGAAAUCACACUGUCUUCAAAUGCCCUUAAAGAACAUACAAAACAAGAGAGAAAAAUUUAUGGGCAAAUGUUUGAUAGGUUUGCAGAAGAAGAUACACAGAGGGAAAAAAGUGAACUGAAGAAAAUCACAAAUGUUAUGUCAUCUGUUGGUGAAUGGGGCGCUGAAGAUAGAGAAAGAGAACCAAGUGAAUUUGAAAAAGAAAAUCCUGAUAUCAUACUUCUAAACAAAACUGGGGAAUUCAAAGAUAUGUGAUCACAGUUUUUGUACAAACUUUAUUAUAUUCUGAAAAAAUUGAAAUAAAAUUAUUAUUACUA